UGCGACCGGAUAUAAUUCAACGCGUUUUCACAAUCACAAAGAUACUCCGAAGGCACUGUCCGGAUUGCUGCACUAUUUCCAGAUAAAUGAGGGCGUUCAGCUUCAUUCGGAUUAUUUUUUCAAAGUCAAAUUUAUAACGCAACGGCGCAGCACUGUGCAUGGACGCGCGUCAACUUCACAUCGUUUCGCGACGCGUACGAGUACGAUGCGUGUUAUUCGCGGUUGUUUUAUUAAAAGCAGGUAUAAGUAUCAAAAAUAUGUCGCGAACGAUCGCGAGAGUCUCGAGCAAUGCUGAUAGUCGCGUUUGUCGUACAGAUGCAAUGCGAUUUGAUUCAACGCGUAUUCGUGACUUCUGAAAUGUAUCGCUGUUCGGGGUGCGUCGAGAUGAUAAUCGUAUGAUUCGAAACAAAGUGUGAAUAGCCGUACAUUCCUGAUAUGCCACUUCAAUACGUGCAUUUCAAUAACGAAAUCUAUUGAUUUGCACAAAAUUGAAUUAGCUAAUACAUUAUUGGACUAAGUAUCUUUCGAUGUUGUAGAAAUCGUGAUUACGUUUUCGCGAAACGUGCCGUAAUUUCGUUUACGUUAAUCGUAUAUUCGCGAGUGUGCGUGUGAGUGCCAUAAAGGAUCAGAACGACUGAGAGGAAGAGGUGGCCAAGGAGGCAUCAGGCUACGUCAGGAACACAUUGUGAUGUCAUAAUUGGAAACCGAAUGACUCAUUUCAAAGUAAAAGAAACCAUUCGUUCAGCGGAAGAAGGAAGCAGAAAUAUCUAGCACGACAAAUUCCAGGCCUUCUUGCGAUCUUCGAGAUGUUUGCGCUGCUGAAUUAGAAGAUUUAAUCUCGGAAGAAUAAAAUUGUCUUCGUCCAUGUAACACACACAAUUCAAUUUCCACAAAGGCGUAUGUUAGGUCGAGCAAAAACAAUGAUCUCCACUGAGCUACCACAAAUGCUAAAAUCACAAGAGUAAGAAGUUCCUUGCCGCGGUAUGACGAUGCAUUCUAUUCGAGAAUUCGAAGAAAACCUUUACGCCGAGUCUAACAUUCGUCAGAUUGCUAACGCUAGAAAAGAGAGCUAUUAAAAUUGAUAAAAUCUCGUAUAUAAGUUACACUUAUCUCGGGAUUUUAACAAAGUAUCUGAAAUCUGGCGAAGGAUGUCAGGCCGUUGAGCCUGACCUAAGAGGCAAUGCGCACUUGAAGAAUGCUCGCGGGACUCUCCUGGCUGCGUGGGUGAACCGAAUGGAAGGAUGUUUCAUCCGGUGUUCUGACUGCCUAUGGAUAUAUUCGGCCGUUGCAACGGCGGCGGCAGCGGAAGCACGGUAGCCGGAAACGGCACUGGCUCGGUGAGAACGUCCAGCAACGAGUCCGCUGGUGGCGGCGGCACGUCCAGUGGUACCAGUGAGAGCGGCAGUAGCGCGAGCGGCAGAAUGCAGUUGACAGGAGCCUCGGCUCCUGGCGCGGCCGCCUCGCCGGAGUCCGGCGUCUCUCCGUUGACCGACGCCUACACCAAAAUGACCAGCGACAUCCUCGCCGAGAGAACUCUGGGCGACUUCGUCAGCGAGCAUCCCGGCGAGCUGGUUAGAACAGGAUCGCCGCAUUUGGUUUGUACCGUUUUGCCCGCGCACUGGAGGUCCAACAAGACUCUUCCGGUGGCUUUCAAGGUCGUAGCUCUUGGCGAAGUGGGCGAUGGCACCCUUGUGACUGUUCGUGCCGGCAAUGAUGAGAAUUGCUGCGCCGAGCUUAGAAAUUCAACCGCUCUGAUGAAGAAUCAAGUCGCCAAGUUUAACGAUCUGAGGUUCGUCGGCAGGAGUGGAAGAGGCAAGAGCUUCACCUUAACGAUAACAGUGUCGACAACGCCGCCUCAAGUCGCCACUUAUACGAAGGCGAUCAAGGUGACUGUUGACGGGCCGCGUGAGCCGCGAUCCAAGACCAGUGAGUAUCACUGGCAGCAGCAACAAUUUCAUGCCUUCGCGUUCGCUUCGCAACGAGGCGGUCCGUUCUUCGCCUCGCCUCUGGUGGAUCCGCUGCAACCUCUGCCAAAUCCGUUGCAACCGUUACCGAAUCCGCUCCAGCCGAGGGAUCCGUUGUCUUCCUUCAGACACGCGAUGCCUGGCAAUUGUCAGAAUAUGUCUCAGUUCGGCCUGGCGGCGAGCAAUUCUUGGGGGUACGGCAGUACGGCCGGCUACGCCGGCUACCUUCCGGGUCCUCUGUCGUCGUGCGCCGCACAGGCGUCGUUUCCCCCGCCGCCGCCCCCUCCGCCACCACCGCCGUCGUCCACGUUGGCGUCUUUCGCUGGUACGGCAUCCAUGAACACGCCGACGGCACCGGACUCGACGGCAGGUUCCACCGUCACAUCCGGUACCAGCAAUACUGGCACUACGCCGCAGCAAGACGCCUUUUCCGCAGUCUCCUCUCUCGUACCGGACACCACGACACCGGGCCAGUCCGAUCCUUUAGACCCGCUGAGCAGCCUCAUGUCCGGCAGCUCUACCAGCCAGAGGUACCAGGAUUACGUAUCGCCCAGAUCGCUGUCCACUGACUCCAGUACGACCGAGAGCCCGGUGCACGAGGAGCAGGCUUUCGGGCAAAAUUACGGCAACUACUUUCCAACGCCCGGCGUGCUGCCCAGCAUCCUCUAUUCGCAGCUCUACGGAAAUCAGUUUCAGAAUUCCGAGAGCGCCGAACAGAGGGCUGUCGCGGACAGCUGCAGCGUGAGGCAAGAGGAGGUCAGACCAGAUAACAACGUCUGGAGACCGUACUGAGAGGUGGAUGUGAGCGAUUACUUAUCCAACGAUUUGGCCAAGAGACUGCAGAAUUCCUGGAAGACGAGAGGAAAGUGACGGUCCUCGCUCUUCAGGGCUGUCGACUGCUGCGGCGGACGAUCGUCGACGAUCGUGGUGUGAACGUGGUGAUUGUUUGCGGACUAUCCAAGGACGUCGAGGACGAUUCUCGACGGCGAACUAGCACUAGUGGGCAUUAAAACUCAAUCCGGAAAGAACUCGAGGCGAGUCGCGCGUUCGCCGUUAAGACGUUCUUCCGGAAAGCUUCGAAAAAUUCUUUUACCGGUUGUGUCUCAUGCCAACGAAUCUUAGGGGAGUGAAUGAGCGGCGAAGGAUUUGUAAUUAAGUGAGAACGGAUUGCUAUUAUAGUGCGUACAAGAGAGAGCGAGCGCGGGUGCGAAAGUGGUGAUGACGACGACGAUAAUAAUGAUAUCCACGGGAUGUAUAUAUGUGUACAUAGCUAGGACAUUGUCGUUUCAUCGAGUUAUUAUCCGCCGUCGUUUCAAGCGACGCGACGCACUAAUUUAUUUCAUCGAUUACGUUUUCAUAGUAUAAUUGCGACCGACCGCUGCGGGAUCGUGCAAUAUUGUCGAGGCUGCCGAAUCAGCUUUCUUUCUCUGUAAAUAUAUAUAUCUUCCACGUUGGGCGUUAAGUUUCCCUUCGACCCGCGUUUUCCCCCCGAAAAGCACUUUUUGGACUGAAGAAAUCCGGCCCCGCGCUUUCGGAUAUUCGCAGCAACUCUCAGUUAUCUCGAAAAAUCGACUGAUUCGCGAUAGGUCGUCGCGUGCGGUCACGUUCCGGUCAAGUCGACGAUAAAAUCGAAUGGGAUACGAUUGGCGUGAGGCGAGAAGCUUUCCCGUCACGUGAAAAUGUCACCGCGGGGAGCGCAUGGACGCGUGAAAAGUAUUCAACGUACGAAUGAACGAACGUGCGAUCGUACCCCGGCAUCGAAGAUCUUACAUCGAAAUUUCCGCCAAAGAAACGAAAACUCGAGAAACAGCUCGCGAAAUGAUUUUGCGAGAAGCACCGCGCCGCGCCGGCUAGAAGCUUAUCCGUUUUUUGUCAGCCGGCGACGAGCACUCUGCGUUUCCGAAAAUAAUUUCCGAUAUACAUAUCUACCAAUCUAUUGUUAUCGUAGUUUUUG